AUGUCUCAGACGUCCGGCCACGAGUGGAUGAAAUCAUUUCGGAAAUUAAUAAACGUUCAAAUUAGUUAUUUAAAAUACGGUGGUCUCGGGCAACUGAACUCGAGCUGCCCAUCGAUCCUGAAGAAGGGCUAUCUGAUAUACAAAGUAUGGAUACUGCUCACGAUGUACAUCUUCGCGGUGGCUGUGUUCGCCGACAUUUGCACGAACAUGGACGAUCUGUCAAUCACCACGGACGAUGGCUGCUUCUUGUCUGGGUCCUUCGUCGUGACCUUCAAAGCGAUGAACUACCAAAUUAACUGGAAGAGGAUAAUGAAACUGCUGAACGAUGCGUUGAAGUGCGGCGACGAUCUCUGCGAAUUUUCCGACGUCGAAUGCGUGAGAGACCUCAUCGCCAAGUACCAGAUGCGCAACAAAGUGAUCUUCUAUGGAUUUAACGCGUUAGGAUUUAUUCUAGCAUCGAUUUUGUUAUUUUUUACCCCAAUGGAGGAUGGCCUGCCUAUCAGGGCUAAGUGCCCUUUCAACACCACGAUGUCUCCCUGGUACGAGAUCAGCUUCUUCGUAGAAACGUGCGCAAUUAGUGGCAGUCUGUUGGGAAUCGUUGCGAUGGACAGUCUCACGAUCGCGAUAUGCAGCUUGGUCACUGUACUCUUCGACGUGCUGAACAUAAAUUUUGAAAACUGUACGAGCGAGGACCGCGAAGAUGUAAAUCGAGGGAACGAUAAGAGACACGAUGGGAAGAAGCGGAACAAAACGUUCCUUCAUCGUUACAAGACGUGUCUUCAAUUUCAUCAGCGUUUAGUGUCCAUGAUCAAGGAUUAUAAUAGGAUCUACAGCUCGAGCAUGUUCGUUCAAAUGCUUUCGAGCACGUUGAUUAUUUGUCUGACUAGUUUCCAGGCUGUCGUGCAUGCAGUGGGGAAGAUGCGUCUUCUAGUUCUCGUCCUCGCGGGCUGCUUCAACGUUCUCGAGAUUGUUCGCUGUCAAGAGCUUUCGGUCAUCAGACACUCCGAUGGAGACAUUUUCACGUUGGAAGGUUCCUGCACGGAGGCUUGCACGGUGCUCAGCAGCGGAACAGCCAGCCCUUACACUCGUAGUCCUUCGACCGCGGGACUCGUUGCUCCUAACAACACCUGCACCUGCCAGUGCAACCACGGUCUGCCCACCUUCCGGGAGGAUCUCCGCAUCUGCGUGAAUGAUAUUCACGAGUGCAACGUUGCUGGAUUCGUCAGCAGCACGGGCCAAGUCGAGAGGGUGCCGUACGUGUUCCUACCCCAACGUGGCCAGAUAAUCUACCCCCACGCGGAAAUCCGCUUCGAAGGUGUGACCACGCCAGUGUGCGGAAUAACAGGGGCUCAGCAAUUAGGAAGAGCAGGAUGGUCGGAACUAAGGAACCUUUCGGACACCGAGCCACCCUUCAGGCUGUUUCGUGACGAAGGAAGGACGUUUCUGCAGUGGAUCGGUGAAACCGGGCUAAGAGAGGCAGCUGAGGGUCGAGUAGUAACGGCUAAACUCGUCUGCAGAGACGCUUCGCCCAAGUCCAAGCUUCCUGGUGUCUUCACUCCAUGCGUGGCUUUCAGGGUGGCUGGUUCACCGUCUAAAAGCAACGUUCGAGAAGUGAUGUUCUCCUCGACGACGCAACUUUCGCAAGGGCUUUCCACCACGGAGUACACGGCCAUCGGUCUCUCGUCCGUGAUCCUUGCCCUGAUCUACGUCGCGAGCGUGUCCCUGUACCUGCAUAGCAAAAAGGCCAAAAGGAAGAUCGCCGAGGAACCAGAACUAAGCUUGACUCCUGGUCGAGAAGUGAGUGGAUUGGUGAAGAACAACCCUCUGCUCGCUGCCUCGAGACACUUCGAGAGCGACACCAACAGCGGUUUGACAGAGAGCGACGUCGGGGAUGAUCUGCCACCGAGUGACGGUGAACAGGGAUUCGAAAAUGUUACUUCGGCCAUUAUUCACCCACACUGCGUUUACAUGGAGCAGUCCGAGACUUGCUUUGGAACUGGAUCGAUUCUAGGGGAAAGAUUGCCAGAAGAGGAUGUACGCGUUGUAGAAACUGCGGACAGUCCGCAUCAACAGGAUAUCCCCGUGUUACCCGGGGCCCAGAGAAGAAAGCUGUACUUCAACCCUGCUUACUUUGACAGACAAUUGCUGCUCGCGCCCCCUCCAGCGGCCAUCGAGUUCCUCCUGAAAAUUCGGGAAGUUAUCUCAAUCGCGAAGCACAAAAUGGCUGCAAAGAAAUUCGUUCCUACUCUCCUCGGCAUCCCGGAAGAGGAAGCAAGCGCAGAACAUUGCGACGCCACGGGCAAAAAUCAGCAACGUUCAACUUCGAACUCAACUCGAAGCUCCAUCACGAAGUCGCAACGGAAGUCGCAACGAUGUACCGGAUGUCCUGGUUGCAUGGACACGUUCAGGGAUAAAGCUGCACUUUCGGAACAGGAUCAACCUAGUCCAGGUGAGAGCAAAGUUCGAGCAUGGUUGGAAGACGUGAGGACCACGCCUCAACGACGUUGGCAAGACGCAGAGGAGGCUCGAAAGGCUCUUCAGGAGAGCACUAAAACCUUUAACAAGAACUUGGAAUACCUGAAGGAACUGGCGAAACGAGACUUUGACGUGGAUGUGAAAGGCUUGACGGGAAAGAUCCUUUCCUCGUGGAAGGAUAAUCCACCGAUGCUAAAAACGUUCCAGAAUAUGGCAAGGAGCGAAAUUCUCGAGACAGAUGAUCGACCUAGCGUCUCGAAACGCUCAACCAAAUCAAUGUUCGAGGAAUCGAACUGUUACUCAUUGAGGAACAGAGAUUCCCUGAUCGGUGCUAAUGGUGACGAAGCCAUCAAUGCCAAAGUGAGGAAAGCCAUUGAAAAUUCGUUCAUUAAACAAUUGGAGGAGAAUGCUGCCUUGGAGAAGGGAAUAGUGGAAAAGCUAGAAAGUAAGGAGAAGAAAACCAUGGUUCCUAAAGACGAAGAUAACAAAGAGGAGAGAAAGUCGGAUGUUAAUAACGGCUUAUCAGGGAAGCAAACGAACAUGUUCAAUGGACAUUCAGCGCGUUCACAGAAAGAGCUGCCGGAUAUGAUUAAUGAACUUCCAAACGCUAAAAAUACGGCGAAACGCAUCAUGGAUGCUGUAAUCCGUGAGAUGGUUGACGCAAAAGUGCUAGAACAUCACUCGAGAUCAGGAAAUAUCACGGAUUACGAGGUAGAUAGCUUAGAACGAUCAAAGUCUAGCAGGAAGUCUUCGACUUCGCCAGAAUCGACCGAUCAAUCGAGUCCAGCCUUGUCUACGGCUCUGCCAAUGGACGAAGAAUUAACGAUGCAAAACGCUGUAAUUAACACCAGAACCGGUGAAAUGAUGAUACCUAAUAAGUUGAGCAAAGAUAUCAUCGAAAGAAGCUAUUACAGUAGCCUACCCGAAUUGAUCUCCUCGCAAAAGUCCGAAAGUUAUUCGCUUGUUAGCGAAGUGUACGUGAACGAUGGUUAUGACAGUCCAGCUUGCAGUGACGAUUCUGGACCAGAAAUUCAAUAUGAGCCCGAGAAUCCUGGACACUUGACUAUCAAGGUUCAAGAUUCGUCAAAGAACUACGUGAAACAAGACGAAUCUGAAUACGAGCCAGACACAUUGGACAGGAAACCGAUGAAGCUAAAAAUCAACGACGAUGUGAACUACGAAAAGGAAGUCCCUGGCGAGACCUACGUGGACUCUCUCGAAAGACCUGCUCAAAUUCUGCUAAAAAGCAAAGGCAGCUUUCGGGACCAAGACUCUCCGAGAAAUAACUCCUCUUUGCAACGCGGCUACGGCAGUCUCCGAGAAAUCUACGAAGCUAGAUUAAAGUCGAAUCCUCGAGACUUAUCUAACAGCACUAAAUCGCUAAACGACCAUCUAGAGGACUCCAUGUCCUGGAAGAAAUGCAAGUAUUUGACACCCGAGACCAGACAAUUGAAGAGACAACGACAACCAAGCAACCAACCAGACGUGGUACCAUUACCACCCACGGAGAACACUUGUCAGCAUCCGAAACCUCCACAGCGUAUGAAAGACGUAAAAUUAUCAUCGAAUUCUCUGUCAAAAAACGGCUGGGACAGGAGCCCUGCCGAAGCGGGUGACCCUACGACCAGCAACGGUGCUCCUGUCCCCAGCAACUCUAAUGUAGGGAACACUGACUGUUCCUAUUCUUCUAAGCCUCAAAUGCAGCUCGAAGGCUCGAUGACAAAGUGUAGACACCAAUUACAGGGCCAGGUCAGAAGCAAUUCAGCGCAUGAGAAGCUGAAGUCCAAUCUUCCAACAGCGUGGAACAAUUCGCGCUGUCAGAAAGAUAGAAGGAAGUCUCUCGAUCGAUGUCAAGGGAAAGACUGUCAGAGGAAACACAGCGAACCUUCCCUAGCUUCUACGUGUAAGAAGCAUUUGACAAAAUUCCCCAGAGGCUGCGAAUCCGGAAAUUCUUCGAGCCAAUUGCCCGGAUACCAACAACCACGUGCGAAGGUAGAAGAUAGCGGGUACUUGAGUAGCACCGACAGCAAUGGUUCGCACAAGCAACUGCUCAAACACGAAGUGAGCAGCGUCUCUGAAACUGACGAGACCGAAUCCGUCUGUGACGGAGCAAGCGAGAGCGGCGCCGAAAGCGUUGGGACAGACAGCGUUUUCUUUGGCAACUUCCGUAGACUCACGGACAUGUCCAACUUCUCGAAGAGCAUCGACUCGGGUGUGGGAAUUGAAACGAAGAAUACAUAUGUUCAACCGUUUUGUAUCAGAAAUGAGAAUGGAGGUUUAGAGAGAGCGAACUUCAGCACCAGCGAUAGCGAGACUGAAAGCUUCAUCACGGUUCUUCCUCUGUGUAGACCUAGGGAAUCGAUUUAA